UCGUUUUCUGAUGGUCGCACACACAAAAGAAUCAUUCCAUUGAGCAAAGAAAAGAAAAGGGUGCACCAUUGAUGAUAAAAGAGCUUUUUUCGCGAGCAGGAAAGACAAGUGCGAAAUUCCAGCAAAUUUGUGUGAUUCAUUGCAAGUGACUUGGCCGCGCGCAGGUUGAUUUCCGGAGGGACGGAACAAUGAACACCCCGCAACAGCUGGACCACCUUUCGAGGUCAUCGUCGACGGUGCCGCAGUAUCAGGCGCCGCAGCCGCAGUACGGAACGCCGCUGCCGGACAGUGGUGCCCUGCCGGGGAUGAUCAUGAUGGGCAAGAAGGGACCGGCAGUUCCGCCAAAGCCGAAGAAGCCGUCCCCGUCGACCGUUCCGCCGCAGGUUCCGAAGAGUUCCAACGUCAAGCGGUACUGCGAACCUUCCUACUCGACGCUGCUGGGCCAAUCCGGAGAGGAGCAUUCGUACACCAACUCGCCGACCGGAGCGGGUCGUGCCACUCCUGGGAAGAUGGGCAUCCGGAAGGUCACGCUGGACAAUGCGGUAGAGUUGCAGCAGCAGAAGGAAGCGCUGGAGCACCACAAGCGGAUUAUGGACAUUAAGAUGCAGCGUGGCCAGGCGGACGGAGCGGUCUACGAGAACACCACGCCCAAGUUCUACGAAGGGGACGUGACCUACGCCAAUGUCCCCGGAGGACCAAGAAACGGCGAUGGAGGACUGAUCUACAGCAACAUUGCCCACAACAAUGGCCAGAAGCCACGCACGCAGAGACAGAUUUCCGACGAACUGCCACCGCCUCCGGUUCAAGAGCACUCACAGGUUCCGCUGUCCCUGAACGAGUUGACCCUGGAAGACAACGACGACGAGUUUCCACCACCCCCAAGCCCGGUCAGUUCUUCCUACAGCGAACUUAGAAGGGCGACCGAUCCUCCCCAGAUGGGACGGAACCAUCAACCUCAGCCAACGUACAACAUGGUCGGCCCCGGUGCCACCGGCCAAACCUACAGCAACAUGGCCCCAAACAACCAAAUCUACGCCAACAACAUGCACCAAUUCUACGGCAUCAGCUCCCAAGGCUCAACGUACGAAUCGAUCUACGAACCGAUCAACCCACGUCCAACCAGUCAAAUGUCCGGCCGGUCCAACUAUUCCCUCUACACGCCCUACGUCAACUCCCGUGGCAUCAACAGCCCCAACGACACCAUGCUGAACAACCAACAGCAGCACCAACAGCAACAGCAACAUCGUCACCACGUCCCAAAAGAAAACGAAGUCGACAAGCUGACCGACCUCCUCGUCCAGUCCAUGGACAACGUCGGACAAGAUCCGGACUCGUUCGACGAGUUCCUCACCGACACCUUCGGCACCUGUGUCCAGUGCGGCGAGCGCGUCGUCGGUGAAAACACCGGCUGCACCGCCAUGGACCAGAUCUUCCACAUCGCGUGCUUCACCUGCCAGCAGUGUCAAAUCAACCUGCAGGGCAAACCGUUCUACGCCCUGGACGGCAAACCGUACUGCGAGGAAGACUACCUCAACACGCUGGAAAAGUGCUCCGUCUGUCAGAAGCCAAUUCUCGAGCGCAUCCUCCGGGCCACCGGAAAGCCGUACCAUCCGCAGUGCUUCACCUGUGUCAUCUGUGGAAAGUCGCUGGACGGGAUUCCGUUCACCGUGGACGCCACCAAUCAAAUUCACUGCAUUGAAGAUUUCCACAAAAAGUUUGCCCCGCGUUGCUGCGUGUGCCAGAAGCCCAUCAUGCCGGAACCGGGACAGGACGAAACGAUCCGGGUGGUGGCGCUCGAUCGGAGUUUCCACGUUUCGUGCUACAAGUGCGAGGACUGUGGGCAGCUGUUGUCUUCGGAGGCGGAAGGUGGCAUCGGGUGCUACCCCCUCGACGACCACAUCCUGUGCAAAAGCUGCAACGCCAAGCGCGUCCAGGCGCUCUCGAUGUCGUACCACACCGGAAUGACCACCGAGUUGUAGGAAGCCUCCGCUAGAAAUGGGGCAAAAUUAUCGUGUGUCAUCAACUCUGUUGCCCGUGCAACAGAUAAAAAGAAAAACCCUUUUUAAACAAAUUCUAUUUCAUCGAACUAUCGAACGGUUUAUAGUCAAUCGAGCAUAUUAAGCAGGAAAAAAGAAAAAGAAGUUGUAGAUUUAGCGCGGUGGGACAAAUGAAACUUAUUUGUUAUUAUUCUGGCUGUUAAUUUAGUUUGUAGAUGAGGCGCAUGCAAGCACGAACGCUCAACCAUUUUAUCAUAAACUUAAAGUAUAAAAUAUUAACCGAAUUGCACACAAACCUAAUCUUAAGAAUUUCAUUGAUAACUGUGCAUCUACUUAAAAUACGACUACAUUCCACUGAAACUACUUACUGUAACGCAUUUUUAAAAACACUUGAAGUAACAAACAAACAAAUGUAAUCGAACAUUGCCAACAAACACGAAAUCUUGAUAGUUGAAAAAAAAAGACUAGAAGUUUUAGCU